ACAAGGAAAGUCCUGCUCAUUGGUGCCAACUUUGGGGGUCAGUGUAUAAAAGCCCCAGAAGAGAAGGAGUCAUCAGAUUCUUGAAAACUCACCUCUGAACAGGAGCCCACCCUCCAGCCCUGACACCAUGACCCACUCCUGCUGCUCCCCCUGCUGCCAGCCUACCUGCUGCAGGACCACCUGCUGCCAGCCCACCUGCUGUGAGUCCAGCUGCUGCCAGCCUUGCUGCCCCCCAACUCGCUGUCAAACCACCUGCUGCAGGACCACCUGCUCCCAGCCAACUUGUGUGACCAGCUGCUGCCGCCCUUCCUACUGCAGCUCAACCUGCUGCCAGCCCAGCUGCUCUGAGUCCAGCUGCUGUGGACAAACCUGCAGUGGGUCCAGCUGCUGCCAGCCUUGCUGCCCCUCAACUUGCUGUCAAACCACCUGCUGCCAGCCAGCUAGCUCUGGACCCGUGUACUGCCGGAGAACAUGCUACCACCCCACCUGUGUCUGCCUGCCUUGGUGCCAAGUCCAGAGCUGUGGAUCCAGCUGCUGCCAGCCUUCCUGCUGCUGAUCCUCUCACCACGGAAUCGUGUGACACAAACCAACCUUCUGACAACCAACCUGUCAGUUCUUCCUUACUGCCACAAGCUCGGUCCAGCAUGCUGCUACCAUCUUUCUAUUAGUCAUAUUCUUGAUUAAAAGGCUCUGUGAGUAGGCGUGGUAAGAUGCAGUCAACUACAGUCUAAUUUUCUUCAUCUUUAUUUGCUGUUGAUCCCUGUGAUAGCUGCAGGUCUAAGGUCUCCUUGACCUAUG